AUGUGUUCAAUAUUUUUAUUAAUAAUAGAAAAAUCAAGAUCUCCAUUAAAGCUAUCUUUAUUUUUAACUCUAAUUAGAACUACUCUUGGAUUAUUAAUGUACAUAAUUUCUAGAUCAGUUUUCAUCUCAUGUUGUCUAAUCAUCUCAUUCUCUUCUGGUAUAAUAAUCUUAUUUUCUUAUUGCUCAAUCUCAUCAUUCUACGAAUAUAAGAAUAACCUAAAAAACAAUAUAUGGUUUUUAUUAAUAAGAUUAUUAUUACUAAUACUUAUGCUCCCACAAGAAAAACUUACACCGUCUUUAGAAAAACUUUCUAUGGGUACUUAUAUUAUCCCAUUUAUACUAAUCUUCUUAAUAUUUAUAGUAAUUGUCUCCAUAAAAUGUAUAAAUAUUUCUUUUUUCAACCCUACAAAAAAGCUUAUACAAUCUUAUUUGCGUGUUUAA